AACACGGGAUGGAUAUAGAUCUCUCGAUCGUCCGUUCGGGAGAAAGUUUUUUUGAUGAAUUCGCGGCGUAUAGAUUUUCAAAGUGAACCCGACGCUUAAUUUGAUAGCCUACUGCCCUGAUUUUCUAUAGCAUGUCGUUACUAUCUAUUUUCAUUGUUAUUAACUGUGUGUUACACUACGGUAUAUCUAUAACACAAAGCUUGAUAUUACAUUUGGCCCAAGCUUGAUCGGGUGUCACGAAUCGUCUCGUGUAUAUAGUGCCCGUUAUUGUUCGCUUGGUAUAAACGCGCUUUGUUGCCCUCAGUGCGUGAGAGAAGUGUAAUAUUCCACAGGAUCUGUAGUAUUCGGAGACUGUAGUAUAGCCUACCUCCGGUCCCGCUGUAUUGGCUCCACCCAUUUUCCACUGUUAUCGAAUUUUUUGAUUCGAGUUUUCGUUAUUUGUUUGUGUUUUAUCCGAUUUUUUGUUUUCAAAAUUGUUCACACCCUCCCAAGCACGCCUCUAAUUGCUUUAUUACUGCUAGAGACUAGAGAUAAAACUAUUUUGGUAUAAAUACUGCCAGCCGUCGACCACACAAACCAAUUCUCUAACCGACUCGAUUUGCAACAACAACAUUAUUGGUCGAUCCUUUUUGAAUUGUUUAUCGAUUCCCUUUUUGAUUCAUUUUGACAGUGAACUGGUUUCAACACAUCCGCCACAUCCUGCUGACUUCAAGAAGAAUUUAUAACAAUUCAGAAAAUGACGACGACGACGUCGAAAAUGUGUGCUAUGCUGAUUAUGGUGCUGGCGCCUAUAUUGUGGACUUUGCUACUAUUCGCCCCGUCCACUCCGGUAGUGCAGACAGCCGUUUUACAUCCGUCGGGUGGAUUUCAACCGUCGCUUGGACUUGGACUAGACUACGGCCGACUGGAUGCACCGCUUCCGGCUCUCACGGCGGAUUACAAUGCAGGAAAAGAUGCUUGCGCUCUGGUGCUUAGCCGUUCCAGCCUUUACGAUCACACACAAUCCAUCUUCUUUGGUGUGGGUUCUGGCUAUGGAGAAAAUUGCAUCACCUAUGCGGCUGUCGAUCACGCUCUGGCCCAAGCUCUGCAUUACCUGCGCAUCGAAACGCCGGAAGAAGAAUGGAUGCCGGAGCAGUUGGCUACGGUCGGCGAAGUCUUUCUAGAAACAUCUCGCAUCCUUGCCAGAAGGUACGGCCUGACACCGCACGAGAUUGAAAACCAACUUCCGCUUUUGGACACCCACAAGACGAACCUGCUCAAGUACUGCCCCGAUUUCAUGUCGCCACUGCACUGCACGCCCGGCAAGUACCGGCGAUUCGACGGCUUGUGCAAUAACCUCCAAAACCCCACAUGGGGUGCCCGGCUCACUGCAUUUACCAGAUUACUGCCGCCAGCUUACAGCGACGGCAUCUCGGAGCCGCGCAUUGGCUACGGUGGCCUGCCGUUGCCCGGCGCCCGCUCAGUCACGUCACUCGUGCAUAUCGAGGAAACUCUCAACGAUCACGCCGCCACAACUUUAGUGGUCUCUUGGGGACAGUUUAUGGAUCACGACUUUACCCUGACGGGCACCAUGCUGAAUCCGCUGGAUCGCAAUGAAUUCGAAGAAUGUUGCCGACCGCCUCUGGGUUCCCCGCCCAACAAAUACUGUUUCAACAUCGACGUGCCGGCCAACGACGAAUUCUUCAGCCGAUUCGGUGUGCGCUGCAUCGAUUUCGUUCGCGGAUUCCCCGGCGUUCGUCACGGUUGCCGAUUAGGUUCUAGGACUCAAUUCAAUCUGCUAACUGCGACGAUCGACGCCAACACUGUUUACGGCGUCAGAGAAUCGUUCGCCAGGUCACUACGUUCCGGUUAUGGUGGACAAUUAAGAAUGAAUCCGGUCUUGAGACCUUAUGGGCUGAUGGAUCUCCUUCCAGCCAAGACGGACAUACCCGAUGAGGGUUGUACUCAUCGAGCCGAAAAUGGCAACAAGUUUUGUUUCGACGGCGGCGAAAUCCGAGUCAACGAACAGCUCAUUCUAACGUGCAUGCACACCUUGUGGGCACGUGAACACAAUCGAAUCGCCACCGAAUUGCAUCACAUCAAUCCUCAUUGGGACGACGAAAUCCUUUUCCAGGAAGCGAGAAAUAUUGUCAUCGCCAUGAUCCAGCACAUUACCUACAACGAAUUCUUGCCCGUCGUGCUGGGCAAAGACAUGAUUGCCAAGUUUGGUCUCCUACUCCAGAAAGAGGGUUACUGGAACGGAUACGACCCAACGGUCAAUCCGGGCAUCAUGGCCUCAUUCGCCGCAGCAGCUUUCCGUUUCGGCCACACUAUUCUGCCGACUAAUGUCGAACGAUGGAGCAAAGCCCAUCGCUACGUCACGCAUACUCCGCUAGCGGACCUGAUCCGUCAACCCUAUCAGCUCUACGAGCCUGGCGUGCUGGACGAGUACUACAUUGGAAUGACGAACCAGCCCGCUUUAGCCUUCGACAAUUUCAUUACGGCUCAAGUCACCACCCUGCUGUUCCGCAAACCGGGAGAGCGACAUGGUGUCGACCUGACGGCCUUCAAUCUUCAACGCAAUCGCGAAGUGGGAUUGCCCGGCUACACGGAAUUCCGCAAAUUUUGCGGCUUAUCGCCCGUCCACACCUGGGAAGACCUUCUCGGCUCGAUGAGCAACGACACAGUUUAUCGCUACGCCGCCACUCUGAGAACUCCGCACGACAUCGACCUGUGGUCCGGUGGUGUGUCGGAACGGGCUUUGCCGGGCAGUCUUCUAGGUCCCACCUUUGCUUGUGUCAUUGCCACGCAAUUCAGCAGCGUUCGCGUUGGCGACCGCUUCUGGUACGAACUGGACAACCAGCCGUCGUCUUUCACUCCGCAGCAAUUGGAAGAGAUCCGCAAAACACGUUUGGCUCGCGUACUUUGCGACAAUACCGAUCUGAUCCAGACCAUCCAGACCUACCCACUCGUGUUGCCUGACCACGAAAUCAAUCCCCGAGUCAGUUGCAAAUCUUCCAUCAUCCCGUAUGUUGAUCUGACCAAAUGGGCCGAUCCUCACAACUCGCACGUACCGAAAACACCGACUCUAGUCCAACCCAUACCCCACGGCCAUCAAGCUGCUCACACCGGUUCGGGUAAUCCAAACAAGGACGGGAUAACAGUCAAUCAAGUGGCUAUUCACAUGCUGAGAGAAGCUUUGGGCAGUGGCGUCUACGCCGGCCAGUUUACCGGUCCUCAUCGUUCGCCGCUGCAUCCGCAUUCCGGUAAAGUGAAGCCGACUCCGACUCGCCGUCCUGUCGUCCUCAGCCAAGAAUACAUCGACAACCUCAACGCGCAUCUCAUUGGAGCCGGUUUCCCGGGACUGAACGGUCUGUACAACAUCCUCACUCACGUGCCCAACAAUCUUUACAAAAGGACGGCCAAUUCGAGCGACUUUUUCGGCGAUUACGCUCCUUAUGCGCCCAAACAGGCUGCCGAGUAUCGUACAGACAUGGACGAAGUCGUCGAAACGGCAAUGCACGGCCCACUCAAUUACAAGGACAAAUUCGCCAUCAACAAGUUUGUUCCUAUCGAGGGACCAUACGGCAAAUUCGAUUUGCAAGACUUUGUCAACCUAGCCGAACAUUUGAUCAAAACCAGCAACCAAUUACCUGUAGGAGCCAAUCAAGUGAAAGAAGACGAUCACUUUGAUGCAGAUUCACCCAACCUUCUCAACAAUGUGGGCACUGCCAACGCUCGUACCAUUUCCAGUUCCACGACUAACAACCUGAAAAAGCCAUCAGUCACCACCGAUAGGAAAGUGGGCAGUUAUCGGAGUCGCAGUCGUAAUGGUCGCACUAAACGAGCUGAUAAUAAGGAAAAGAAUAAGAAUGCCGAUGAGGAGCUGGCAGAUUCUUCGCUAGUGCCCCUCGACCUAUCCAACUAUUCGAAACCGUCACGAUUGGACAUUUUCUUACCCGAGUUCAUAGUCGACCACGUUGAAUCUUACGCAGCAACGCAAAAUAAUAAGAGCGCCGAGGUUGUCGAUCAAGUCAUCCAUGCGGAAGAGAAACGAGCCGCCCAACAUGAAAAAAUCGAAGCAGACAUGCAGAAGGCGGUCGAAGCCAUGAAAAACCUGGAAGAUUCCUACAAGGUUUUGCACGAGCAGAUCGAGGCGACACGAAAAUUGUUUCCUGAUGUUGACGAUCCGGCUCACAAAACAUUGGAUGACAUCCUCUCCAACGCUUCCACUCCCAGGUCAUCUGCUCUUGAGGGUGAUUCACCAUCGACUGCUGAUGCUAGUUAACUUAAAUCAUGACCUUUCGGCAGUCUUCAGUCAUCAGCCCUGCUACAUUAAUCAUAUCAUUCUUCAGUAAUAUACUCUAUAGUCUAUCAAUUUUAUAUUAUAAACGUCUGCGUCUCUUCAUCAGCUCGCGCAUACGAUUUUUCCAUCUUCUACUAACUCUGAUUGGGUUUGGUCAGGUUCCGUAGCUGUGCACUAUAUACUCAAAGAGCUUGGGCUACAUGAAUUAAAUAUUUCGGUAUAUCUACAAGAAUCGUUUUGAGUAAAGACAAAGGCUCGUGAUUUUUUAAUAAUUAUGUUCGACUUUUAUACUUAAUUUUUAUCGUUGAUGAAUAUAUAUUGAUCGCAUGACAAUAACAUUCAAUCAUACAGGAA